AUGUAUGUAUGUAUGUAUGUAUAUAUAUAUAUAUAUAUAUAUAUGGAGAUGCUUUGGGCGAGGAGUUUAAAGGUUAUGUGUUCAAGAUCAUGGGUGGCUGUGACAAGCAGGGAUUUCCCAUGAAGCAGGGAGUUUUGACUCCAGGACGUGUUCGUCUCUUACUUCAUAGAGGUACUCCUUGCUUUAGAGGGUAUGGAAGGCGUAACGGAGAGCGCAGAAGGAAGUUAGUGCGUGGGUGCAUUGUCAGCCAGGACCUUUCUGUUCUGAAUUUAGUCAUUGUGAAGAAGGGUGAAAAUGAGCUUCCUGGCCUCACUGAUGUGGAGAAGACAAGGAUGAGGGGUCCUAAGAGGGCCUCAAAGAUUAGGAAGCUCUUCAACCUCUCCAAGGAUGAUGAUGUGAGGAAGUAUGUCAACACAUACCGCCGGACAUUCACUAAUAAAAGGGUAAGGAGGUGAGCAAAGCCCCAAAAAUACAGAGACUGGUGACUCCAUUGACUCUUCAGAGGAAGAGAGCUAGAAUUGCUGAGAAGAAGCAGAGGGUUGUCAAGGCCAAGGCAGAAGCUCAGGAGUACCAGAAGCUGCUUGCUAGCAGGAAAGAAAUCGCAGGUACUGCGAUACGCCUUCUCAGUGUCCGAUUGUUGGCCUGCGCGAUGGACUGAUUUUUUUAUCGGCUAAAUCUUCUUCGCCAAAACCCGCUGAUUCUUCGCGAUACAUCUUCGCCGCGAAAGGAAAGGAAAUCUGCUGAUUCUUCCCGGAUUCUUCACGUAUUCUUCACGCCAAUUUCUUUCCUUUCUGCAAUUCGGCGAAGAAGGAAAUUCUUUCCUUUCUGCAAUUCGGCGAAGAAGGAAGGAAAGUUUGGAGACUUUCCUCACUUCCCUAAACCAGGGAUAAUUUAAUUUUCCAAGACAUCACAACUUUGUUGUUGAAUCAUAAGGCCUUCAAAGACACAGUUGACUUUCCAUAGGCUUACUCUUUGUGAUAAGACUGUUAGUGAGUAUAUGAAGCAAAAAAAGAACAAUUAAUGGCUGGUCAUUGUUGGUGUUUUCACUUCAAACUUGGUGAAGCAUUACUCGAGUAAGGGUUUUUUAGUGUUUGGUUUUACGUGGAUGGUCAUAAAGUGUUACGUGAAUA